AUGUCUGCGUUCUUUGGCAGUAAGCCAGCGGCCACGCAGAGUAGCAACACCGGUGGCGAUCUGAGCAAAGAUGUUCAGCUCUCGUCUCCACCAGAAGAUAGCAUCUCUGCCUUGUCGUGGUCCCCCGCAGCUAACCACCUCGCUGUGGGCUCGUGGGACAACAAGGUUCGCAUCUACGACGUUACCCAGAACCCGCAAGGUACUGGUGUAGCGGCCCUCGACUUCGCUGGCCCUGUGCUCAGUUGCGACUGGGCAAAGGACGGUCAGAAGGUUGUUGGCGCAGGUUCAGAUAAAUCUGCUAAGCUGCUCGACCUUGGCGCAAACGGCGCUCCCGCCCAGAAUGUUGCGGUUCACGAUGCUCCUAUCCGAACCAUUCGAUUCGUCGAUAUUCCAAAUACGAAUACCCCUAUGCUGGUAACAGGUUCCUGGGACAAGACUGUCAAGUACUGGGACCUGCGAUCAUCAACUGCUGUUGCUACUAUACCUUGCCAGGAGAGAGUCUAUGCAAUGGACGUGAAAGACAAGCUCUUGGUCAUCGCAACAGCCGAGCGACACAUCAACAUUGUCAAUCUCGACGACCCGGGCAAAAUUUUCAAAACUGGACAAAGUCCUCUGAAGCAUCAGACCAGAGCAGUGAGCUGCUUCAAGGAUGCCAACGGAUAUAUGAUUGGAAGCAUAGAAGGAAGAUGUGCGUUCCAGUAUGUGAACGACAAGGAGGCUAGUCUUAAUAUGUCAUUCAAAUGCCAUCGAGAUCCAGCAGUCAACAAUACGAUCACGGUUUGGACGAUCAACGCUAUUUCAACCCACCCCGUUUUCGGCACGUUCAGCACUGCAGGGUCUGAUGGCACAUUCCAUUUCUGGGACAAGGAUGCGAAAAGCCGGCUCAAGGGACAUCCUAGUGUAGGAGGAUCAAUCUCUGCUACGGCCUUCAAUAGGGACGGGACUAUUUUCGCAUAUGGUGUGAGCUACGAUUGGCACAAGGGAUAUGCAUCCAAUAGUCCUCAAUGCCCCAACAAGGUGAUGCUACAUCCGGUCGUCGCGGACGAAGUCAGACCAAAGCCGCCUAUGAAGAAGCGGUAAUCAGGAUUCUACGGUAGUUUGGAAGUAAAAGCCAAUGUAGACUAGAAAAUAUCAAUGGUGGAGUUUAGGGAUCACGGCUUGAUUACGCUGAUAGCGAGGAAAACGACACGAGGCAAAGAUUGUAUUCCAAAAAGUGUAUUAAAUCGAG